CGCCAGCUGUCAGUCGUGAGGUCACUUCCUGCGAGUGGAAGCACCGUGUCUCAGCCGUGCCUGGACGUGGUGGGGCAUUUUUGACAGCGGCAGCAGCAGAACUGCGGGGGGAGAAACCGAGGACGUGAUCAGCGUCAGGGUCUGUGGUCGUUCCCCUCCUCCUCCUCCUCCUCCUCCUCCUCACCUCCCUCACACCGACCACUCCUCAGGCACAGCGAGUUUUCCGUGGACAUGGAGGCUCCGGACUCACGCUGCUGAAAGGUUAAGUCUCAUGAGUGACGGGGCCACCAACCUGCUCCUCCAUCACAAUGGUUGACAUGGAGAGCCAUUACCACCCCCCGUCUCCUCUGGAGGACUCACUGCUAGAUGACCCCCUGUGUGGUAAUGAUGAUUUCAUGGGCAGCAUGGAGGAGCUCCAGGACUUACCCCAGUCCAUCAACGAGGACGGCCUUAGCUCCUUGGAUGUCGCAGAAUGCCAGUCUUCCAACAAUGGAUCAGAAGGUUCCACUAUCCUCGAUGCCCUGACACCAGCAUCCAGUCCAUCCUCAGUUGUUUAUGGGGUCGCAGUAGGCCAGGAGGAGCUCUUAUCUUCGUCCUCUUCGCUCAGCCUGGAGUGUCGGGUGUGUGCUGACCGCGCCUCCGGAUACCACUACGGAGUUCACGCCUGUGAGGGCUGCAAGGGUUUCUUUCGGCGAACCAUCCGCCUGAAGCUGGAGUACGAUCGCUGUGAGCGCCGCUGCAAAAUUCAAAAAAAGAACCGCAAUAAGUGCCAAUACUGCCGCUUCCAGAAGUGCCUGGCAGUGGGCAUGUCCCACAACGCCAUCCGGUUUGGCAGGAUGCCUCAGUCGGAGAAGCUCAAACUCAAGGCGGAGUUGGUGACAGGGGACAGGGAGGUGGUCAACCCCCAGCUAGCUGACCAGAAGACAUUGGCCAAGCAGAUACACGACGCCUACCUCAAGAACUUCAACAUGAACAAGUCCAAGGCGCGAACCAUUCUCACGGGCAAGACCAGUAACCCUCCUUUUGUUAUCCACGACAUGGAGACGCUCCACCUGGCAGAGCAGACCCUGGUGGCCAAGAUGGUGGGCUCUGCGGGAGUUCUCAAGGACAGGGAGGCGGAAGUCCGCAUUUUCCACUGCUGCCAGUGCACGUCUGUGGAAACCGUCACGGAGCUCACCGAGUUCGCCAAGUCCGUGCCGGGCUUCUCAAACCUGGACCUGAACGACCAGGUGACUCUUCUGAAGUACGGCGUGUACGAGGCGCUGUUCGCCAUGCUGGCCUCCUGCAUGAACAAGGACGGGCUCCUUGUAGCGUACGGCUCGGGCUUCAUCACCAGGGAGUUCCUCAAGAGCCUGCGGCGGCCCUUCAGUGACAUGAUGGAGCCCAAGUUUCAGUUUGCCAUGAAGUUUAACGCUCUGGAGCUGGAUGACAGCGACCUGGCUCUGUUUGUUGCUGCUAUCAUCUGCUGUGGAGACCGACCGGGCCUGGUGAACGUCCUGCAUAUCGAGGCCAUGCAGGAGAGCAUUGUGCAUGUCCUACAGUGCCACCUGCUGGCCAAUCACCCGGACAACACUUUCCUCUUUCCCAAGCUGCUGCAGAAGCUGGCGGACCUUCGGCAGCUGGUUACUGAGCAUGCACAGCUGGUGCAGGAGAUCAAAAAAACAGAGGACACCUCGCUGCACCCACUGCUGCAGGAGAUUUACAGAGACAUGUACUGAGGAGCACAGAAGAAUAACCACAGGAGCACUUCAAACCCCACCCCCACCCCCCUCACAGUGUUGUUGGGGGCAUGAGGAGAAAAACAUUUGUCCAUAAGCUAGGAUUGAACCACUUUACCCGUCCCAUCAGCUCCAGUUUGCUUUGGCUUUUCUGAGCAGCUUAAACUGAUGACUUCAGGCUGAUGAUUGUUUUGGUUCAAUGCGACGUGGGCCUUUUGAGUCAUAAAACGAUCUGCGUCUGACUGAGCCACGAUACAAACACCAGUGAACGCAUCUUUGACCAAACUUUAAGUUGAGGAGACCUCCCCGGUUGUUCCGAGCCUCAAUGAUCCCUAAAAUGAGGAAAGAGAGUGAACUUAAUAAUGGCCACUCCAGUAGUAUGCUUGAAACUAGAUUUUAUUUUAAUGUGGAAUAGCCAUGUACUGUUAGCUUCGACACAACUGAAAUGACUUCGGCGGCAGCAACAAUAGAAAUAAUGGAGUUUUACUGGUAAUGAUGGUUGUCAGUGAACCUGCAUGUUCUUCUUUAUACAACUGGACCCAUGUGUGGCAUCAGCAGAGUCCUGAACACAAUCAUUUACUUGUACUGUUCUCAACACAUCGAAAACGUACUGCAGAUUAUCGUCAGUCACAUUCAAUUUUUGUUUCCUCCCAACAAGACUAAUCAACAAACAAACUCUUCUGGGAGUGUAUUUAAAUGUUCAAAAAGACAGAACCACAGGCACACAUCCAUGCUGAACUCGCACCACAUCAGAAGCAUAAACACUCCAUCUCGUGUUACGUCCACAAACUUUAAGAACUGACUGGAUGAUUAUUCAAGAUAUAAUCUUAAAUGGAUAGUUUAGAGCAGGGCUUCUUAACCUUUUU